AUGGCUCAAGUCAUCUUGAACAGAGACUCUCUGGACUUUACCCCGCUUGACUCGUCGAUUUUGGAGACAGUUGUUGCUACCGCACAGACGACCAUCGACAGUACUUUUUCUCAGAGUGAUAAUGACAGUGCUCUAGCAGACGUUUUCAAGGAUCCUCGACUAAGACAUCGUUCAGUCAUUGAUGCCUCGAUUCGGAUACAAUCGCUUCAAAGAGACAUGCGGAAUCAUCUAUCAGCACUUCAGGGAUUAUCAUCAGAAUCGGAACCGACUGUUAUCCAGAACGUAGUUGGAAGGGCAGAGCGUGCGGUACAAGCCACAUCAUCAGACUUGAGGAAAGGAGCAAAACGUGACGCGGUUCAACUGGAAGUUUCAGAGGCAAACGCGGUCCUUGACGAGGUUAGGAAGCUGGUUCUGAGUUGGCGAGAAUCAUAUCCGGACAAUAGUCCAUUGAGAGUGGACAAUGGUACGUCGUGA